AUGUCGCUCCAUACGCUACCCGUCGAGUUGGUCCGGAGGAUUCUCAGGUACGCGACGGAAGUACCCGGACUGUUCGAUACCGAAUUCGAUCCGAUUGACGGUCAUGUCCACCGAGCGACGAAACAACGCUUACAGCUCACUGCGGUGCUCCCUACCAAACUCGCGCUCAGUGUGGUCUCGAAAUCGCUGCAUUCCCUGGUGGGCGAGUUUUUGUACGAAGCUGUGAUCAUCUAUCACUUUGCUCGAGUCAAGCCCCUGGUUGAUUUGCUCAGCGGACGCGACACAGAAGGCCGAGUUCGCGGUCGCAUGCUCAAGUCACUGACUCUUCAAUUCGACCCGCACUCCGAUCUCAAGGAGUUCCAUCCGACUCUCUGGGGGCUUUUGGAUGUAUGUCCCAAUGUUAUUGUCUUGCGAUUGAUUCCCUGGACGUUGUACAACGCCUGGCACGGAACACCGCUGCUCCGUCUGUACAACCAGGACAUCCUUCUCACCCUAAUUCACAACAUCACGAACCUCCUUGGAAGAAGAUUGCGAGAGCUGGACAUAGCGGUGAAUAUGAUGUUGUUGGCCACGACCCACUUCUCUCUGCUGAAAGGUCUGCCUGCACUUUGCAUCUUUUCUAUGUCUGGCGCACAGCUUCUCAAGGGGAAGGAACAACCGGACCAAGGGAAUGUGGAAAGGCUGGAUGAACCCCCCGGCCUGCCAGUUACUACCUUCCUCCCCCAUCUCCAUACGCUUCGGAUCGAUUCCAGAGAUUGGUUCGUAUCCCAGCUUGCUUCAUGGCCCUUACCUGCCUUACGACACGUGGGGGUAAACUAUGGCGGCGACGUCGACGGACACAUUCGCGCCUUCCUCCAGCUUUUCAAUCGAGCACAGAGUAUAAACAGCUUUGAGUUCUUACUCAAAUACAAUGAUGACCCUUCGGAUUUCCAUCCCUGCGAAAGCCUUGCUCAGAUUCUUCAGGUGUUACCCAACCUCACCCAUUUUACUAUUCCUCGUCCGGACAUACUUGAUGAAUUUAUCCAAGUUUUGGAACAUCAGCAACUUCGCGUUAUUACGGCUGUCGAUUAUGAUUGCUUUUGGUCCGCAUUCCGCUCAGCAGACGCCAAGGUUACAGACCUGAAGAAAGUCGGCGAAGCGCUGGAUAAAAGGAGAUUGCCAGCCUUGACGAAGAUACGAGCACAAUGCUCUCCAGAGCAACUAUCUCUGAGGGAUAUGGACCAUAAUGCUCAGUUCAAGCGGCUGGGGGUGGAGAUGGAGAUGAUGAGCAUACCGAAGUAG